AUGAACGCUCCCGAUCCUCCUUGUGUAGCGAGCGAGACCACGCCUCUGGUCCCUGCAGGGGUCGCGAAAAGGCCAAAAACGCCUCUUCCAAAAUUCCAGAUAGGCAUACUUAUGAUGCUACAUGUCACAGAACCGAUCGCUUCGAUGUCUAUAUUCCCGUACAUCAAUCAGCUUAUUAGAGAGCUUGGAAUCACUGGAGGUGAUGAUGCGGCUGUAGGAUAUUAUGCUGGAAUAAUCGAAUCACUAUUUUUUGUCAUGCAGUCACUGACAGUGCUAAAGUGGAGUCGGUUGUCCGACCGCAUUGGACGCAAACCAGUGCUAUCUAUUGGACUAUUGGGAACUUGCAUUUCCAUGCUGUGUUUCGGCCUCUCAACGACCUUCUGGAGCCUUGUGGUUAGCCGCUGCAUGUGUGGUGUGCUGAACGGCAACAUCGGAGUCUUGAAAACCAUGAUGGCUGAAUUGACAGAUUCUACGAACAUGGCUCAGGGAUUUGCCUUGAUUCAGAUCUUCUGGAGGGUUGGAACCUUCGUUGGUCCUUUGAUGGGUGGAAUACUUGCGCGUCCACAAGAUAGCUGGCCCAGAUUAUUCGCUCACUCAUUUUGGAGCAAAUAUCCAUACUUUCUGCCUUGUGCAGUAGCUGCUUGUUUUGUCGUCAUGGCUUAUUUCAUGCUGUUCUUUUACUUAGAAGAAACAUUAUCGACCAAGCGUCGACCAAAGAUGUCAUCAACUACCCUCAGCGUUCCAAGUGGAGCCGACAUCGAUGAUCGAGAAGUGCUUGCGCAAACAUCCAUGGCAGAUAUGCCCAUGCGAUCUCUGCUCACGCCUGCUAUUGUCAUUCCAAUCGCAAAUUACGCCAUGCUCUCCUUUCUUGACAUUUCCCUCAGGACUUUGAUGCCGCUGUUCUUUUCGACACCUAUGUAUCUCGGUGGCCUUGGUCUUGCCCCUUCUUCUAUUGGCCCAUGGUUAGCGUUGUUUGGUAUUGCGGACGGGGCCUUACAAGCUUUUUUCUUCGCUAAAAUUGUCGAUUGGCUUGGUCCAAAGCGACUCUUCUGCGUGGCAGUGUCGUGCUUCGCACCAGUCAUGCUUGUGUUUCCGAUCAUGUCGUGGCUUGUACACGCAAGGGGGGUGGUCGAUCAUGCAAUCACGUUUGCAUUGCUCGGUCAACUAGUUCUGACAGUUAUUUGGGGUUUGGCAUUUGGGACUAUCUUCAUGUUUAUCACGGCUUCUGCUCCUGCAAAGAAUGUCCUUGGUGCUAUCAAUGGUCUUGGCCAGACCUCUGCUUCAGUGGCUCGUGCCAUAGGGCCAGCCUUAGCGACUUCGCUCUUUGCAUUUUCAAAAGAACAUAAUCUUCUGGAUGGAAACGCCGUGUUUGUCAUCUUGAUUAUGCUGGCUGGCGUAUUGAGGUGGCUGGCAUCGCAGUUGCCAGAUGAGAUGCAAGAUAGGGAUGAGUAA